AUGUUGCAUCAGCACCAACCUACGCAACCGUCAACAAAUCAAUCUGCGCUACAAUCUUCUAAGUCAAUUCGACGAAAACGAUUACAGCAUUACAUUCGUCAAAUUAAGCGUUUGAUUACGGAACGAAUACCACCAGUGAAUCCGGAAAAAAAGCUGGGAACUAUUGAUGUACUCGAUAAAGCCGUUGAAUUGCUACGAACGAUACCAGUAUAUGAUGAGGUCACUAAUCCUGGCCUUAGUCCACCUCAUUCUUGGCCUGAUUCACCGCUCGAUAGUAUAACACAUAUUAGCGACGAUACCUGGACACCAAAUAUUGAUUUCGCUCGCCGGCAUAUUUUUUCUGCAAAUAUUAGUUUACCGGAUGGUCGAAUUACUGACUUCCAGAAAGUGACUUCAAAGGAAAUCAACAAUGUUGAUGGUUUGCAGUGCGGGGCUUCUUUUCUCGAUUUGAUAGCAUUUUAUGGACGACAGGCAUUGCUUGCUGGUGCAUAUAAUGAUUCGAUGGAGAAGAAAAAAAUUCUUACACGUCUUGUCGGCGGCGGUGGAGCUUUUGAAUUGUUAUGUGAAUACAAACGUUCCGGUCAUGGAAGCACCGUAUCAACGCAUAUUCAUGCACUCGAAUUGGAAAGCGCAUUUGGUCCAUUGAAAACUUUGAGCACAUUUGUGUUCUUCACCCGUCAUACAAGUUCCUGCUCACUUACCUAUCUCGAUUCAUCAGCAGCCAACUACAUUGGUUAUUUGCCGGGUGAAGUGAUAAAUCAAUCAAUAUUAUAUCUUUUACAUCCAUAUGAUAUGGCGCAAAUCAAACAAAUACAUGCAACUUUGAGCGUACGACGAAGCGAAAUAGUACGACAACGUCGUUUGAGAUGGAUUGCAUUUAACGGUAGCAUAAUUCAUACGAAUUCGGAAUGGUUUGCAUUUUGGAAUCCGUGGACUCAUAAAGUGGAUAACGUAAUUGGACGACAUAUGCUAAAUGAACAACCGAUAGGAAACGCGGAUGUGUUAGCUGAACCGUGUGCGCCACGUAUUAUUACUCCAUUGGAUGAGCUAACUGUGCGCAAUAUUGAAUCCGAAAUUACUGCUGUACUAAAUAAGGAACCGAGGGUACUGAUAAGAGAUGAAAGGUAUAAAGCAGCUCCAAUUGCACAUCAAAAGAACUCAAAUUCUAUUGAGCUGAAAUCGCCUGGUACACAUCUUGGCACUUACAUUGAUAAUCUUAUCGAAACAUUCGUAAUAAAUGCUGGAAAUUCCGGGAAUAAGUACUUGGCACCCACUGUUGAUACUUGUCGAUCUACAAUUAAUCCAACUGAUCUUUCCUCAACAAAUUGUUGUAACGCUAUACCUCUGACAUAUAAUCAGAUUAAUUGUUUGGAAAAUGUACAUCGACUAUUGAAAAGUCAGCAACAUACGGGAGAUACAGCUGCAGCAUCGAUAAUCAUCGAGCCAAUACCGGAAAACAUUUCAUCAUCGAAAUUACCACAAUCAGAAGAUUCAAAAAGUCCGCUCCCCAUACCAGAACAGGAAGAUGACAAUAGAGUUCCUACGGAUACAGCAACAUCAGCUAUGCCUCUCACGAGAGAACUUCUGCAACAACAUACGCGAAAAUGGGAACAAGAGUAUCGCGAUACGUGGAAAAAACGAUUCGGUCUGAAAAGAACCAUUCAGCAAACGGAAUUUGUUGUGCCGGUAUCUUCGAAAAUUUUCCGCGAAAGCAGUCACAGGUCAGCAGUAGCUCAGAGUGCGUCAGCUACGCUACCUUCACCGAGAUCUGAUUGUUGGCCACCAAUGAAUAAGGAUGAUUAUUAUAGAAGUCUUGGACCAAAUCCUCCUCCACCACCAGGCAAAAAUUUUCAAAUUACAUCAGUACCAUUACCACCUCCGCUACCGAUUGAGGAACGUCGAUCUGCAUUUGUUCCACUUCCCAGCACUGCGGCAUCUUCAUUUCCCAACACUCCAAAAUUAUCCCGUGAUUUAUCACAACCUAUCAACUUAUCAUUGACUGGAAAUAUGCAACAAACGCAUUCAGCAUUAGGAAUAACAACGAUAACAUCGGCUACCAUUGAACGACAUUUUCCUAGACAGCAGCAACAACCGCAGCAUCAAUACCGUUCCGUUAUAAAAACUGCGCUGACAUCCGCACCACAACAACAACAACGGCAGUAUCUUGAAUCCAAUAGAUUGGCAUUAUCAUCCUCAACAGGGUCGACACAAAGUUAUUUGUCUACUGGAAAUCUGAUGGAUACAAGUGUGGAAUGGUGUCCAACUACAGAAUACAGUAACGGAGCAUCUGAAGAAGCCGGAGAAACCUGUACAGCACGGCUCAUAAAUAUGGCGCAACGGGCGCAGCAGCAGUUAGAGCAGAAGCGAUUUCAUUCCCCGCUUUCUACUUCACCAGUUAAGGAAGCUACUGAUGCAUUAAUGUUGCUACAGGAAACGACUUCAUUUUAA